UUCCCAAAAGAUCUCUCGGCAAAACCAGUAGCAGUUUACAGAAUGGCAGCAGGAGUAGCAGCAUGGUUGCCUUUUGCUCGGGCAGCUGCUAUAGGAUGGAUGCCAGUGGCCACAAACCCUAUGCCGAAUGCUCCUCGCCAGGAGAGAAAGCGAAGCCAAGACUCCUUAAUAGUGUUGAACGUGAGUGGAACCCAGUUCCAAACCUGGCUGGACACCCUGGAACGCUAUCCUGACACUCUACUGGGCAGUUCAGAGAGGGAUUUUUUCUACCACCCAGAGACACAGCAAUACUUUUUUGACCGGGACCCUGACAUCUUCCGACACAUCCUCAAUUUCUACCGUACAGGGAAGUUACACUAUCCCCGUCAAGAGUGCAUCUCAGCCUAUGAUGAGGAGCUGGCAUUCUUUGGUAUAAUCCCUGAAAUCAUUGGUGAUUGCUGCUAUGAGGAAUACAAGGAUCGACGACGGGAGAAUGCCGAGCGUCUUCAGGAUGAUGCUGAUCAGGAUAAUAAUGGUGAAAGCAAAUUGCCUUCCAUGACGGCUCGAGAAAGAAUGUGGCGGGCCUUUGAGAAUCCACACACCAGCACCCUGGCCCUGGUCUUCUACUAUGUAACAGGCUUCUUCAUUGCUGUUUCCGUCAUUGCCAAUGUGGUGGAGACAGUGCCCUGUGGGGUAAGUCCUGGUGCCAUCAAGGAACUGUCCUGUGGAGAGCGGUAUGAUGUGGCUUUCUUCUGCCUGGAUACAGCCUGUGUCAUGAUCUUCACAGUUGAGUAUCUAUUGCGUCUGGUGGCUGCUCCAAGCCGUUACAAGUUUGUACGUAGUGUAAUGAGCAUAAUUGAUGUAGUGGCUAUUAUGCCCUAUUACAUUGGUCUUGUAAUGACCAACAAUGAGGAUGUCAGUGGGGCCUUUGUAACACUACGUGUCUUCCGGGUCUUCCGGAUCUUUAAGUUUUCCCGCCACUCACAGGGUUUGCGUAUCCUGGGCUACACUCUGAAAAGUUGUGCAUCAGAACUUGGCUUUCUCCUCUUUUCUCUCACUAUGGCCAUCAUAAUCUUUGCUACAGUUAUGUUUUAUGCUGAGAAAGGCUCCUCAGCCAGCAAAUUCACCAGCAUCCCCGCUGCCUUCUGGUAUACCAUUGUCACUAUGACCACCCUUGGGUAUGGUGACAUGGUGCCGAAGACCAUAGCUGGCAAGAUAUUUGGCUCGAUAUGUUCCCUGAGUGGGGUCUUAGUCAUUGCCCUACCAGUUCCUGUAAUUGUGUCCAACUUCAGUCGCAUCUACCACCAGAACCAACGAGCAGAUAAGCGCAAGGCACAAAAGAAAACCCGGCUUGCUCGAAUCCGUGCUGCAAAGAGUGGGAGUGCAAACGCUUACAUGCAGAGCAAAAGAAAUGGCUUACUCAGUAACCAGCUGCAGCAGUUAUCUGAUGAAGAACAAGGCGACUUUGUUGGCAAAUUUGGUUCUUCCUUUCAAAUCCAACACCACCACCUGCUUCACUGUCUGGAAAAAACCACAAAUCAUGAAUUUUUAGACGAACAUACCUAUGAAGAAAGUUGCAUGGAGGUUUCUACUGUUAACAGACAGUCCAGCCCUUCUCUUUCCUCCCAACAAGGAGCUACGAGCACUUGCUGUUCACGGCGACAUAAAAAGACAUUCCACAUUCCAAAUGCCAACAUAACAAGCAGCCGCCCAAGUAGUGUUCAAGAACUUAGUACCAUUCAGAUAAGAUGCAUGGAAAGAACACCUCUAUCUAACAGCCGAUCCAGUCUAAAUGCCAAAAUGGAAGAGUGUAUUAAACUAAACUGUGAGCAGCCUUAUGUAACCACAGCAAUAAUCAGCAUUCCAACACCACCUGUGACCACACCAGAGGGAGACAAUAGACCAGGAUCUCCAGAGUAUUCGGGAGGAAACGUUGUCAGAGUAUCUGCUUUAUGAAACACUUAGAAUAAAGACCACUUAGAAGUUGCAUUGUGGAUUCUGAAGAAAGGACACAGCAAACCAUUUGUUCAAUGGAACAAGACCAGAUGAUUGAACGGCUCUGAUGAUGCAAAACAUUUUGGGUUUUCAGUACUAAGUUGUGUGCAGUGGGCUACCAAAUGGAAUUUCUACAUGUCACUUGAAUUUUUCCAUAAGAAACUAUUCUGUGACUCUUUUGAUUUACUCUAUGAGCACAAUGAAAUGUCCCCCAUUGAUGCUUCUUUCCAUGAAAAAUAUUUUUAAUAAAAUAUCUAAAACAAAAAAAAUUCAAUUUAUGUUCCAACUGAAUGCAAAAUACAGGAUGGAAACAAUGUUUUGAUAAUGUGUUCUCUUUUUCUUGUUAAUAAACCAUGAAUGUGUUGACAAACUGACUUUCAGAGAGAGAGAGAGAGAGAUUGAGAGAGAGAGAAUGUCUCAUAAAAUAUUUGUACUGAAUGAAAGGAACACAACCAUAAUGCAUGUGAAAAAAUUUUGGAGCUGUGUGAUCUGAGUUAACUUCUGCUGUUUUUUUCAGGUUAGGCAUGAUAACAUUUUACUGUAGAAAAGGGGCAUUUCUGUGGACUUAAAAAACCUGAUUGUUAAUGUUCCUUGGUAGUUGUAAAAUAACUUCCUUUUUCAGAGGGCAAGAGGAAGUGUUUCUUACUCAAACACUCAUUAGUGGACUUGGCGUGUUAAGUUAAUUUAGCAUUUAUCAUUGUUCUGUCUUGCUUCCUUGGUACUGUUACAACUGCAAUAAUUCAAUGUACAUCUGUUGUAUCAGGAAUCAGGCUUUUGUUCGUAUAUCUCUGCCCAACUUCACUGAAACAGAUAAACAUUAUGGAUCGACAGUACAGUAUUUUCCAUAAUAUGGAAAAGUUAAUAACCUCAUUCAAAACCAAAACUGUUUGCUAACACAGAUGUACUUUUGUUUUUACAUCAUGCUUCUUAUAAUUCUCAUUCUUUAAUGCCAGUCUUUGCCUUCUGCUACAUUUCUUUCCUCUCUGAAUGUCCAGGGUUUUCAUAAAUUAGCUAAGAAACCCUAAUUUAUGAACACCAGUUAUAUUGUUUAUGUUUUCUGAACAAAUGAGCAGUCUUCCUAGUGUAGUCUUACAAUGUAGCUCUCCUCUUAAGUAACAACGUGGUUUAGUGAUUAAUUUAUCUCUAAUGCCUUGAUGCUAUUGCAUACUAUUAUUGGGAAAGCUGAAUACUGGGAGGCAUUAAAUUAAUUUGGCUGAAGAUUACUGAAAAGGUUGUUGGUCACAUUAAACUUCUGGAAUUUAUAGUUAGACAACCUAACAAAGACUGUGCUGAAAUGGAAGCUUUGGAGCCAAGAUUGCAAAACAAUAAUUGACACUGAAGGAUGUGCCACUGUAGGAUUAAUACACAGACUUUACUGUUAAAACUUGUGUUUUUGUUCCAUUGUCCAGAGAAAUUUAAAAAUGUUUCCAGAAAAGUCACUUUUAAAAUAUUGCUAACCUUUUUAAGAUCAUGGUGGCUUUCCAUCCUUUCAAGUCUUGAAGCAAAAAAGAUAUUUCUAAGUAAGAAUGUGUAAAUGAAUCUCGAAGUAUUACUGAACAAAUUGCUAGAUGGAUUUGUAUGGCACCUCUAAAACUGAGGUCUUAUUUGAUAGUGUAUUGUCAGAUUCAUCAGAUCAUCAAAUCCACUAAGGUAUUAAAAUAAGAAUGACCUUAAGUGAUUUCUCAUCACAAAUUAUGUUUUUAUAACAAUUUAAUUCCAUUGGGUUCCAUUGUCAUCUCUUCCCUGUUUGUCUGGGUGGCUAAGCCACAUCUACUGCUGUAGUUUAAUGUAAUUAGCAUCUCAUCUAAAGUAACACUUUUCAUUUUCCAGACUAUUGGAUCACAUCAUUAUUAACAAAGGUAGAAUGCAAGACUUGCAGCUCCUAAAAUGAAGGGUUGGUCCAUGGCUACAUCUCCUUCCACCAUUUUUUUAGUACUUGUGAGAGAUCAGGUGGGAAGGAAAGAUACUGGAACAUACACAUUUUUCUUUGUUUUCAAAGAUCAGACCCAAGACAAGAGCUUGCAUGUGAAGAAGCAGGGGAUACAGUAAUUGAGGCUCUAGAACAGUAAUUUCCAACCUUUUUUCACUCACGUACCCCAUAGCAACCCAUUUCUCUAAAAUUGUACCCCCCCCAUAUUAGCAGCACAUAUUAGAAAAAGAAGAAGAGUUUGGAUGUAUACCCCACCUUUCUCUCCUGUAAGGAGACUCGGUGGCCUACACACUCCUUUCCCUUCCUCGCCCCAACUUGUGAGGUUGUUGGGGCUGAAGUGUU